UUUUAAUUUAUUGUAAAUAAAUUGGUAAUAAUAAUUGCUUAAAAUAUGAGUUAUUUUUGUGUGGGCCUAGUUGGCAGCUCCAUUUCGUGACGUCCCACAAACCGUUUUUGUUUGUCGUUAAUUCGUGAAUCGUCUGCAUAGAAAAAAUAUUAGUAAAUAAUUAGAAACAAUUCAGUGCAAGAAGGAGCAGCUACACAAUGUUUUUGAACGGACCCAACUAUAACAAACUAAAGAUAAAUUUGCGCAAAAUCGUCUCGAGUUGCUCGAGAAAAAGAAAUCGGAGCUGGCACAAAAAUCGCGAGAGGAGAUCGCAGAUUCUUUCCACAGGCAAAACGAAUCGUGUGGAGCACAUCAUAAGGGAAGAUUACCUCGUGGAGGAUGGAAAUCAUCGAAAUGUGUUGGGAUCUGCAGCUGGCGUGCUUCGGACUCAUUCAGCAGAUCGCGGAGCCCGCGUCCAAUCUGGUAUGGAUGUGUCCCCGACUUCAAAGUGACAUUGCCGAGCUGAAAGUAAUCUUGGUCAUCUUUAUACACAAGUAUGAACCAUAAUUUGCACAGCAUUCACGCACUCAAGAACAACAACAUUGAAUUCAAGUCAGAUACACAGGUGAUGCAGGAGAAAAAGCCCGAUUAGCAGGCGCAUCUUAUUGAUUUGUCUGAUCGCAAUAACCUCAGUGAAGGACCGGGAUGCUGCACCUAGGCCACCACAAAUGGGUUUCAAUGUAUCUUUUUCACAGAUUGCCAAUAAACUGAAACCAUAACCACGCUCUAAGCUGCCGCCUGGUGAGCAGCCCAGCGCUCCGCCGCCAUCGAUGGAUCUGCCAACACUGCCCGAUGUGCCAGGCAGUGGAAAGGAGGAGGAUGAUGACAGCUUAUCGAAGCCGUCGUGUCGCUUC